AUGCCCGAAAUCACAAUACCAGCAUCACCGAAUUGGUACUGCUCGCACGUGACUGAUGCAAACAGUGCUGGUGUUUAUGUUUUUGGUGCACGGAGAGAUGUACUGAUUUAUGAUGUGACAUGCUACCCGGCUAAAGCUCUGGGUGUCUUUCGUGCUCACAGAGAUAAAGUUAGUGCUGUGGGCCUGAAUCCUUAUCGUGAUGACAGCACCAAAUGCUGCAGUGGAUCAGAAGAUGGAAAACUGAAAAUAUGGAACAUUGAAUCUAAAGAACAGAUAUUUGAGCACAAUACACAUAGGGGGAGGGUGACUGCUAUAAGCUGGUCACCUCAGCAAGCAGACCUGGUGCUGAGUGCAGAUGAGAAGGGAGAAAUUGUAUCUUGGCAGUACUUAGAAGGUAGACUUCAGACCUUUAGUCCAGAGAAUGCAGCCGUAAUGUGUCUUACCUGUUCACCAGUAGCAGCUGGGACAGUCGCUAUAGGGUAUAAGACUGGCUUGAUUCUGAUCCUGGAUGUUAAAAGAGAUGGUCAGAUUUUGCAACGUCUGCGUGGCCAUGAUGAAGACAUUCAGUGCCUUGUUUGGUGUCCUAUCAUUGGGGAAAACUUUAAACCUCCAAAACCGGAGUACCGGGAUCUGGAUGACCCCUCCAAUACAGUCGAGUCCACAGACAUCAGUCAGGCUUCAGGGGGAGAUGAUAUCGUAGACUUUGGUGCAGAUGGCCAUCUUCUUGCAUCUGGCAGCAAAGACAAGACAAUUCGUAUCUGGAGCACUGAAAGGGGUAGACAACUCCUACAGUUACGGGUGGCAAAGUCUGGUGGCCGAGACCAAGGGAAUGAAUAUGGUGGUGGAAAGAUUUGGACCACAUUUGUAUGGCAGAGAAACAAUCCUCGCCACUUGAUUUCUAGUUCUUCAGGAGGAGAUUUGCUGAGAUGGGACAUUACAUCACAGACUCCACAGAAGAGUAAGGCAUUUUGUGCUGAACACAAAAAGGGAAGUCACUUUCGUAUGGUGUUCAACUUGUGUCUAGCUGGACCCACAGAUGACUAUCUAUGUUCUAUGUCCAUGGACAGGCAGGUGAUUGUGUGGAACACUAACUCAGGGUCUCUGUUUGGGGUCUUACCCACCUUUGGCGGGUUUGUUUAUGUUGUCAAGUCAUCACCUGUUGAUCCAGGAAGAGUGGCAGUUGGAGUAGGAGACAGCAUGAUCCGUCUCUGGAACCUCAACAACGUAAACAACCUCACAGACAUCAAGAAUCUAUGGCAAGGAAUAAAGGCCAAGGUCACUGCAUUAUGCUGGCACCCAGUUAAGGAAGGUCUGUUGGCAUAUGGUACUGAGGACGGUAGAGUUGGUGUGUAUGACACUCUCUCCAACAGGCCUCCUAACAUAUCCUCCACCUACCAUAAGAAGACGGUUUAUGUGGUGUCAUGGGGUCCUCAUUGUGCAGACCAAGAGGAUGGAUCAGGGGGCUACAGUCUGUACAGUAUUGGUGACGGUGUUAUCCUGGAACAUGAUGUCUAUAACCUACAAGAAGAAGCCAGUGACAUCAACUUGCUCAUACGGCAAACCAACGGUAAAAAGAUUAAGUUGCCAGUACGCAGUGAGAUCAGCUGGAGCCCAGACUUUUUGUUUGUUGCUGUUGGCAAUGAUGAUGGAUCGGUGGAAAUCUUCAAGUCUCCAAAUUUUUAUUUGGUUGCCACUGUCCAUAUUCAUAAAAAGUUGAUCAAUUGCAUUCAGUGGCAUCCCCACAUUACCAUGGCGACACCAAGUGGCUCUCCCUACAAGUACUGGAUAGCUACAGCAUCUAACGAGGCAGGGGUGUACAUUGUAGACCUGUCAUCACUCCUGAACAAAGGUGAAGACCCGCCAGCUGAUCCUGUGGUAGUGUCUGAGUCCAGGCAAUGUCUCCUUGGCCAUGUUGACCGAGUGACUGGUGUGGCUUGGAGUCCUCAUAUUGAUCAACAACUGGCCACCGUUUCCUAUGAUGGUCAGGCUCUCGUUUGGGAUGUGGAUAAGAAUGAGAUGCUGGCAUGUUACCAAGGUCACAAUGGGAGACUACUCUGUGUACAGUGGAAUGGCUUGGAAGAAGACUUGGUGAUGACUGGAUCUGAUGAUUUCUCUCUCCACCAGUGGCGACCUUCACUCCAUGUGCCAAACCCAGAAAAUGCUGGGAGACAAAGAAAGCAAAAACACAACAAGAAGAAGUCCAAGAAAAGUUCCUCCGUUGUCAAAGAGAAAAGUUUCCCUGUCGUCAGUCCUGAUACUCUAGUAUCAGCUGACCUAUCCCUAACCACUGAAGAUCGAGAUGGUCUGGAAAAAAUACUUGAGGAGAAACGGCAACAGAUUUUGAGGAAGGACAAUUUGGUAUUACCAGAAGAAACAGACAAGACAGCCACAGAAGGGAUGGUCACAGCAGAUGGUGAACCUGGUACAACUUCCUCUAAUACCACCAGUAAUUAUUCGACUGUCUCUACAGCAGCUGAUGUCACAGAAAAUGGAAACUCUUCUGGUCUUCCUGACCUUGGAGAACCUGUAACCUCAGAGAUAGGUCAAGAGUUCACCCAGAAGGAAAUCAAAUCAACAUCCAACACUGACCGGAUUAGGCCAACAGACAUAACGAAGGACAAGAAGAAGAAGAACUGGAAGGUGAAAUCUUACUUUCCACUCACUGGACGAGCAGAAAACAGAGGCAAAGAUUUCCUCCAUGAUGAUCUUGUCUACCUUGCCAAGAAAAUCUCAGCAAGUGUCAAAUCUAUCAGGUUUAAUCAAGAUGUGAGGGGAGAGGACCUGGCCUUGUCUCAGCCAUCACAUGUCAUAGUCAUCCUGGCUGUGUCAAAUUUAUCAGGACAAAUGUGA